UUUUCUGAGACGCUAAAAUUAUGUUUUAGUUUGAAUUCUGUAAAAAUAGUUUAGGUUUUUAUAAUUUUUCGACACCAUUACCGGCAUGGAGAACAAGGAAAAACUAGAAGGAUACAAAUUCUGGGAGAAACUUGGCAGACCAACCAAGCUGGUUGCUCCCAUGGUUGACCAAAGUGAGCUAGCAUGGAGAAUGCUGAGUAGGAAAUAUGGGGCAGAGUUGUGUUACACACCAAUGCUACAUGCUUCAGUUUUUCUCAGAGAUCCACAAUACAGGAUUGAUGGCUUGGCAUCUUGUCCUGAAGAUAGACCACUUAUUGUUCAGUUUUGUGCGAAUGAUCCAGAUAUUUUGACGAAGUCAGCUCUUCUUGCUCAGGACCACUGUGAUGCAGUUGAUAUAAACCUGGGAUGCCCACAGACCAUUGCAAAACGUGGCAACUAUGGUGCUUUUCUUGGAGAAAACUGGGAAUUGGUGACAAAGUUGAUUAAAGCUUGUCAUGAAAAGCUGAGUGUUCCUGUCACUUGUAAAAUCAGAAUUUUUACAGAUGUUGAAAAAACUGUGCAAUACGCUAAGAUGAUUGAAAGAGCUGGCUGUCAACUGCUAACAGUCCAUGGAAGAACAAAAGAAAUGAAAGGACCAAUGACAGGGUUGGCUAGUUGGGAACAUAUUAAAGCCGUGAAAGAUGCUGUCAAGAUACCCGUGUUUGCGAAUGGAAACAUUCAGUACAAGGCAGAUGUUGAUAGAUGUAUAAAUCAAACUGGAGUUGACGGUGUGAUGAUAGCUGAGGGGAAUUUACACGACCCGUGCCUAUUUGUUGGCAAAAAGACUAUAAUAUGGGAGAUUGCUCUCGAGUAUUUGCAAUGUGCUGUGAAAUACCCUUGUCCUGCUUCUUAUGCAAGAGGCCAUGUUUUCAAGAUAUGUCACCAUGGUUUACAGCGCCAUACACGUGCACGGGAUUUGCUUGCUUCUUCAAAAGAUAUUCAAGACAUGAAAACAGCUGUGGAGGUUCUACGUGAUAUUUGCACUCAAUCAUGUGGUGUAGGAAAGGAAAACUCGGUUUCUGAUGAUGCGCUGCCUAUGCCGCAUUGGUUUUGUCAGCCAUAUGUUAGACCAGCACCUAAACCAAAAGAAAAUAGAAAAGAAAGACCUUCUAGUACAGACAGUGGGGAAAUUUCAAAGAAAAAGUUGAAAAAAAUGAUGAAAAGAUGCAUGAAGAACACUAGUUUAGAUCUAGAAGGUCUUGAUUCUGCAGAGAAAGUGAAAAAGUUGUCUAAAAUAAUCGAAGCCAAACCCAACAAAGUUACAUACGAUAUCUGUGUUAAGUGUGGAAACCCUAGUAGCACGAGAUGUGUGUUUCAUUUAUGUAAACCUUGCUGUAAAAUACGUGCGAAAGAGGUUUAUGUGUUUUGUACAGUUCACCGAAAUUUUGUUCCAAAAACAAAGCAAGGAAAUUUAGCCACAACAGAUGCUAAUUUGGGAAAAGAACAAACUGUAAUGGACCAUAUUACCUGAACUAUAUUUAACCAUUAAGUUAUUUUUAGCUGUAUAGGUCUUGCUGUCAUUUGCAUAUCCUGCUUUAAAAAAUGUGUAAAAUUUCGCACAUAUUCACUUUUUACUUUUUUUAUAUGCCUCACUUUUAUUUGAUAUCACUUGUAAGUAUGGUUGUAAGUUUGGUGCGUAAAUAAAAGAUUAACAUUGAU